GUGCAGGGCAAUUGGCACAGCAGGCAAGGGCCUUUUGGUUAACUUGCUGUCCAGGUUUUGUCUAAUCCUAGGCUUUCAAGAAACCCAAUUUUGUGGACGAAAACAAAGAGUUAUACGGUGCUGUUGAAGCAAUUAGCUCAUUCAAAAGCGUCAGCAUGCUGCCGACGCCGACCGAGUUCAGCGGCGCGAGCCCGACCUCCAAGGCCGGUAUUGCUGCCCGUUAUGUAUCGGCUCUGGACAUCGACCUUCAACAUGCUUGUGUCAAGCUGAUCGACUCGCUUCCCAGGCGAAGUGUUCCAGCGCACAGCCUCAAGAUCCUCAAAUGCUGCGCAAGUGCUGAAAACGAUGAAUCGCAUGCUGCAGCGCAACUAGCACCUGUCGACCUGGUCAAGCUAUCGGACGCGCUUCGAGAACUACUACUUAUUCCAACGUGUGCGCAGCAUGUCGCCAUUCAAUUCCAUCCCAUCUUGCUGCACCUUCUUGCUGCAUUUCUACCCGACGGAAAAGAUGGUGAAGAACAACCAUCAUGGCAAUCUGAGAAGACGCGAGCCAUUUUUGUCAUGUUCGGCAUUUUGCUCGGUCCUUUCGAGGAAAUCUACCCGAUUUUAUAUGAGUACCUUUCGCACCCAAAUCUUUGCAACGGCCCGAUAUGUGCAGGAAUGCAAGACACGUCAGAGACGCAGGCUCUGCUCCUUGCUUACCAACGUAUCCUGCAAGCCAGCCCAUCCUUUCGCGACGAUCUUCCUAAGCCAUGGCCACUACAUUCGCUUUGUGACAUAUACAAGUCUGCCACCGCCCAGGACGCACUCAAUACUGCUGCCGGCAAGAUUCAAACACGCUAUUCCACCGCCACCCGCUUGCUGGCGCUCUUCGUUUACAGUCAUGGCAUGCAGCUGUCAGAGUCCGUACGCGUCCAAGCGGAGCAUGUCUUCAUCGGUGAACCGAGCAUUCUUGGCGUACCAGAGUCACCUGGCGUCGAUGCGAGAUUCACUCUUGACAUGGAAGAAGGAAAAGAGCAGACGAUUGACGUUUGGGUCAUUCAUGCCAAGGAAGCGGUGAGGUGGCAAACCGUGUGGACAAGAUGCGAAGAGUCGCCUAUUCGUUACCUUAAACGACAGCAGUCUUCAGAAAAGAAGAAGGACGAAGAAACCAUGGACGUGGAUCAAGUCACAACUGCGAUGAACAAGCUGCGGCUCACACCGCAAGACCUACAUCCGCGCGUCAGCUCCAUUGGGGGUGUGAUUUUGCUGCGCGGUUCACCAAUCUCUGCCUCUUCCUCCGCAUCUAAACCCGUGCCAUUCGUCGAGACUACAAGCUCGUAUCGCACGCUCACUGAUUUGGCCAUCGACAUCUCGUGUCGGCUACCAAUCCUCCUCAGCGGUCCGGCCUCAAGUGGCAAGACCUCUAUCUUGCACCACGUCUAUGCUCAGCUUCACCCUUCUUGCAUCCCAGCCAAAGCAUCCGGCAAUCCGCGUGGCCUUUUGACAAUCCCUCUUGGCGACUCAAUGGGUGUAGAUGCCAAGUCACUGCUAGGUUCCUACACUUCUUCGCCGACGUCUCCAGGCGCCUUUAUUUGGCAAGAAGGUUCACUCACACGCGCCGUCCGCAAGGGGUACUGGGUCAUCCUCGAGGAUGUGGACAAGGCCAGCUCAGAGGUGCUGAGCAUCAUCAAAGAACUCGCACGUGGACUAUCACCUUCAAAACCAGCUGGAUUCCGGCCGUCACUUAGCCUGGGGAACAGAGGCAAAGUGAAGGCGGCACCAGGAUUCAUGCUCUUUGGCACACGCUCGACCGAAGCGAGGCGGAAGGCACGCUUUGCUGCUGAAGCGCAUGGCAAAGAUAAAGGAAAAUCGAAAGAAUCGAAUGAGGCGAGCGAGAUAGACAUGGGAGACUCCGAAUCAAUGCAGCUUUCACCGGCCACCUUCUUCACCCACAAGCACUGGGCGGAAGUCAUCCUCGCAGCGCCAGCUCACACGGAGAUCCUCGAGAUUAUAUCCAAGCUUUUCCCAUCUUUGCAACGCGUAUCACAGCAUUUGAUCCCGCGGAUCGUGGGCGCGUGGACUGCGCUCGCGCAAGAGCAGGCGAAGCUCUCAAAGGGCGGCCACGCAUCGGGCGGCUUGAUCCGGCAAGUUUCAUUGAGGGACUUGAUAAAGUGGUGUCGAAGAAUAGAAACAAUCAUCAACGCGUCUGGAGGGUUGAGAGACCCCCUUGCAAAUCCAGUCGAGCAGGAGCACGUCUUUCUCGAGGCCCUCGACAUUUUCCUAGGAGCCUUUCCAACGCAUGAUCCACUGAGCAUGGUCAAGUCGGCUAGCAUGGACGAAUUCGAAGGCUUGCGGACAGCGUUAGCAAGCGCUCUAGCUCACAUCCUGGACCUAAACGACGAACGUGUGGAAUGGCUUCUCGAGCAACGAACGCCAGAGAUGACCUUUCAUAAGGCCCCUUCAAGCUCUGCGCCGAGCACUAUUGCCAUCGGCCGCGUGGCUUUGCCGCGCUUCGCUGCAUCUCAACUCGGGCAGGAUCGUUCAGCUCCGGUUCUGCACAACUUUGCUAUGACGAAAGCAAGCUUGACACUCAUGGAGCAAAUUGCGGCCGCCACAGCGAUGAAUGAGCCUAUCUUGCUCGUCGGAGAGACAGGGACCGGCAAGACAACAGUUGUGCAGCAUCUCGCAUCGCUCGUAUCUAGACCAUUCACCGCUCUCAACCUCUCCCAGCAAAGCGAGGCAUCAGAUCUGUUGGGAGGCUUCAAGCCCAUUGAGCCCAAGAUGCCAGCGAUGGAGUUGCACAACGAGUGGUACCAGCUAUUCACGCAGGCUUUCUCGGCGAAGAGAAAUGCAAAGUUCUUGGAUGCAGAACGCAAGGCAUUGAAUGCAGCGAAAUGGGGCAAGCUGUCGCAGCUUUGGCGCGAAAGCGCAAAGAUGGUAGCUGAACGAAUGACAGCGCAGGAUGACACCAAUGCUGAUGCAGAGGAAGGGAGGAAGCGACGGAAGACAGGUCCGAAGUCCGAGCAGCGGUCAGCAUCACCAGUUGCAAGCUUUUCAAACAAUGCGUACAGCGCAUGGGCUUCCUUUCUCGAGCGUGUCGACUCGUUCCGUCUCCAACACGUGCAAAUCAGCUCGACCACCAGUGGCCGCCGAUUUAACUUUGGGUUCAUCGAGGGACCUCUAGUGCGUGCGAUCCGAAAUGGAGAGUGGAUCCUCCUUGAUGAGAUCAAUCUUGCAGCAGACGAAACGCUGGACUUCCUCUCGGCUCUCUUGCAGUCGUCUACCAGUAGUAUUGCGCUCACAGAGCGUGGAGACCUGGACGUAGUACCUCGGCAUCCGGACUUUCGUCUGUUCGCAUGCAUGAAUCCAGCGACCGACGUCGGCAAGAAGCUGCUGCCUCCGCCUAUCCGGUCGCGCUUUACCGAAUUGUACGUCAGCAGCCCUGAUGCAGAUCGCGAUGCUCUCCGCAGCAUCGUCGAAAAGUACAUUGGCGAACUAGCCCAGGGUGACAAGCGCGUAGUUGACGAUGCAGCUCAAACCUACGUCGACAUCAAGACUCUCGCACAGAACGGAGAACUCGCAGACGGUGCAAACCAACGCCCUCAUUUCUCAAUUCGCACUCUGGCACGCGCCCUCACCUCUGCAGUUCAGUUCGCGCCUUCUUUUGGUCUCCGAAGAAGUCUGUAUGAGGGCUUUCUGAUGUGCUUUAUCACGAGUCUGGAUCCGGAAAGUAGUCACAAAGCUACAAGAAUCUUACAUCAACAUCUCAUCGCUCACGCGAAAAAUUCAAACAACCUACUGUCACUUAUCCCAGCAAGCCCGUCCGGUGAUGUCUCUCAACACGUUCAGUUCGGGCCAUUCUGGCUGGCGACAGGGUCCCUAGUGCCAAAAGAAGCACCGGGGUACAUCCUGACGCCCUCCGUCCAUACGAAACUCUUUGCGCUCGCCCGUGCGAUCUGCAUCGGUCGCUUUCCGGUUCUCAUCCAAGGACCAACAUCAGCAGGAAAGACUUCGGCAGUAGAGUUCCUCGCCAAGCGCACCGGACAUCGAUUUGUUCGCAUCAACAACCAUGAACACACAGACUUGCAAGAGUACCUAGGCUCCUAUGUCAGCGACCCAGACACUGGUGCACUGCGCUUUGAGGAGGGCCUACUCGUACAAGCACUGCGCCGAGGAGAUUGGAUCGUCCUGGAUGAGCUCAAUCUCGCGCCGACGGAUGUCUUGGAAGCACUCAAUCGCUUGCUGGAUGACAAUCGCGAGCUUUUCAUCCCAGAGACAGGCGAGACGGUCAAGCCGCAUCCACACUUCAUGCUUUUUGCCACGCAAAAUCCACCGGGUCUUUACGGUGGCCGCAAAGUCCUGUCUCGAGCAUUUCGCAAUCGCUUCCUCGAAGCCCAUUUCGACGACGUUCCUGCGCACGAACUCGAAAUCAUUCUCACGCAGCGCUGCGAAAUUGCUCCCAGCUACGCGUCAAAAAUGGUUGCAGUGUUCGCUGAGUUGCAGCGACGUCGUCAGGUGGACCGCGUGUUUGAGUCCAAGCAUGGAUUUGCUACCUUACGUGAUCUGUUUCGCUGGGGCUCCCGCAGUGCAAUAGGGUACGAAGAGUUAGCAGAAAAUGGGUACAUGCUUUUAGCAGAAAGAGCGAGGCGGAAAGAGGAUAAGGCUGCAGUUCAAGACGUUCUCGAGAGCCUGCUCCGCGUCAGGAUCAGAUUGGAUGCUCUUUACGACCUUUCCAGCGAGACCAAUGUGGUGCGACGCCACCUCGGCGCGGAAUUCUGCUCGAAGCUUUUUAACAAAAUCCAAGAGUCCGGAUUAGUACCGACUGCAUCCUUACAGAGACUUGUCGCGUUGCAAUGCGUGGCGUUUGCCUAUAACGAACCGGUACUUCUUGUAGGUGAACCGGGGACAGGAAAGACAGCGGUCUGUGACGUCGUCGCAAGCGUAUUCAGCACCCGCUUGGACGUGCUCAACUGCCACCAGAAUACCGACGCUUCUGAUUUACUCGGUGGUCAACGGCCGCUCCGAAAUCGGACCAGCGUAGAGAGUCAAGCGCUGCAUCUUUCAAGCAGCGUAGCAGGGCAGCCUUUUGACUCUAUCGAGGGCGCCUUGACUGGAAUUCGUGCUGCCAUGGCAGCAGAUAAAUCUUUGGAAGCUGCCGCUCGUUAUUCAGCCGCCAUUCGAUCGCUGCAAGCCGCGAAUGUGCUAUUCGAAUGGUACGACGGACCGCUCAUUCUGUCCAUGAAGCAAGGCUCGCACAUGCUCUUGGACGAAAUCUCACUGGCAGAUGACAGCGUACUCGAGCGUCUCAACAGUGUUUUGGAGACAGGUCGUUCCAUUACACUGCCCAAUCGUCAAGAAAAGCACACCUCAGCUCAGAUGGAUGCGGACCCGGGUGCAACUCAUUCUGUGGUUGCAGCUGAACAGUUCCAAGUCACAGCAACUAUGAAUCCGGGGGGCGACUAUGGCAAGAAGGAGUUAAGUCCGGCUCUACGAAAUCGUUUCACUGAGAUAUGGGUAUCGCCCAUCACCUCGAAAACAGAUUUAUCUGCUAUCUUGUCGGAAACACUUUCGGUAGUUCAAGAACGCCAUUGGUUGGUUGCUGGAAUGCUGGACUUCGCUAUUUGGCUUGGGAAGGAGGUAGACGUUCUUCCAAAUCAUAUGGUCAAUCUAAGAGAUUAUUUGGCCUGGGCUACCUUUAUCGAAGCGACCAACACAGGCGACGACAAUCGGACCAGCCUUUCUCCUGCAGCUGCUUUCGUUCAAGGAGCGCAUCUGUCAAUUAUCGAGGGUCUUCCAACCCUUCCUUCUUUAAUGUCCUUUUCUCAAGAGCGGCUGAAGGACGUGCAGCAGCGAGCCACACAUUGGCUUGAGAGUCUCGCUCGUCAACAUGAUCCUUCCUACCAGUCAAUUGAGAAGGUGGCAUUCUCCUGCACCUCACAGCACGUCUUCGUUGGACCAUAUCGUUUGUCAAGGAAUGCAGCGGAUCAACUCACAUUACCAGAUUUCGCUUUCAACGCUCCAACGACCUUGGUUAACACAUUGAGCGUAGUCAGAGCCCUGCAGAUUCCCAGCAAAGCAAUACUGCUUGAAGGGAGUCCUGGCGCCGGCAAAACCAGCCUGGUUAAUGCACUCGCCGCCGCCGUCUCUCAACAGCUUGUACGUAUCAACCUUUCCGAACAGACCGAAGCCACAGACCUUUUUGGCUCCGAGCUGCCAGUCGAGGGCGGCCGUGCGGGCGAGUUCGGUUGGCAUGAUGCAGCUUUUCUCACCGCUAUGAAAGAAGGUUACUGGGUUCUUCUGGAUGAGAUGAAUCUCGCCUCGCAAUCCGUGCUCGAGGGAUUGAAUUCAUGCCUCGAUCAUCGUGGUCAGGUCUACAUUCCCGAGCUGGAUAAGACAUUUCAGAAGCAUCCCCGUUUCCGGGUAUUCGCCGCCCAGAAUCCGCAAUCGCAGGGUGGUGGACGCAAAGGUUUGCCCCAGUCUUUUCUCAACCGAUUCACCAAGGUCCACGUACAAGAGCUCACUGCGCAAGACUUCAUGCAUGUGGCUCGCGGCAUGCAAGUAACCGCUGCUGACACAAAUUCUCGCCUUGUCGUUGAGUUCAAUCGACUUGUGGGUGAGCAGGUCAAGCAAGGCUUCAUCGGCCGCACGGGAGGGCCGUGGGAGUUGAACCUGAGAGACAUUCUGCGAUGGCUUCAAGCUUCGCAACUGUCCCCCACCGCUCGAUUGAAUGUGUCCGAAAUUGUGAGACUGCUCUACCUUGCUCGAUUUCGUGGUCAAAACGAUAUCGCGCGGAUAUCACACAUCUUCCAGGAAAUCUUCGGACUCGAACUUAAGACGGAUAGGCUUCCCUCAAUAAAACUCACUCCUGACAGCGUCUCUAUCGAGGGAAGGGCGAUGGCGCGAAAAGGGAGCACCCGGCCGACAUAUCACCCUGGAUUGAUGCAGCAGCAACUGCCCUCACUCGAACUCUUAAGCCAAUGUGUCCACCUGCAAUGGCUCAGCAUCAUGACUGCAGAGUCAUACAGCGGGAAGACGUCUGCGAUCGAAGCGCUUGCGAAGCUGUGCGGACAAGAACUACACGUGGUCCGCCUGAGUGCAGUUUCCGAUGCAGCGGAUCUUCUCGGCUCUUUUGAGCACUUGGACUCCGCGGGUGCUAUGCGUGAGCGUCUUGCCCGGGUUUGCGAGAUCCUCCGCGACCAGCUCAGCUCGGCUGCUAGCCGUUUGGCUGAGAAAGAUUUUUCAGCGAGUAUUGGCGCUGCUGUUGACGUGCUCUCAUCCCUAGCGCUCAGCUCUAGCCUUCCGGAAAGUCUCAAUGCGAUCUCCACCACAGUUGCAAGCCUUAUGUCCAAAGAGAUGCCCGCAGACGUACGCGAUCAGCUAGCAAGUGUCCAACAUCAGCUGACGCGUCUUCAAAUGUCGCAAACUGUUGGUGCCAGAUUCUCCUGGGUUGACGGUUCGCUUGUCCGGUGCAUCCGUGCAGGUCAUUGGGUGGUACUGCAGGACGCGAACCAAUGCCCACCAGCAGUUCUCGACCGAUUGAACUCGCUCUUUGAGGCCAAUCCGGUGAUCGUCCUCGCGGAAAAGGGAUCGUUAGCUGGAGAUGUCGAAGUCAUCAGACCCCACCCGAAUUUCCGCUUAUUUAUGACGACUGAUCCCGCCUUAGGCGAGCUCAGCCGCGCUAUGCGCAAUCGCGGCAUUGAAAUCUCUUUGUCUGGUCAGGAACUGUCGGAAGUGGCGAGCACGGAUCGCCAAAGGCUUAUUGCAAUCUCGCGACGUCGACGAUCGUUCUUGCGCCAUGCACACGCUGAAGAGCCAUGUGCCCCCGCCGUCUUGUCUUCAGGGUCGCCAUUCCUAGAUCUGUCACGCCAACGCUUGGCGAUGCUUCCGCUGACAAACAAUGCCAUGUGCACUCUGAAGGUCAAAUCCAUGUGGGACUUGGAAGGAUUAGCCACAGCUGGACAAAUCCUCGGCCUGGUUGGACUUCAGGACGCUGGUGCAAUGUCGCGCUUGCUCGUCCUCGAAGAGGACGUUGCGACGGCCUUUGCCGAGGUCGCUUCCGAAUUGGUUCAAUCUUUCUCGACUUCACAUGGACCCUUCCCGCAGCCUCGAGAUCCACUGGCCAUUCCAGACCGUAAUAUCAGCGCAACCGCAGAAGGACUAUUCGAGUCACUAUCUUUGCAGCUGGACGACCGUGGGCGACUUCUUCUCCAGCAUUUGGCUCGGCUUGAGCGCACCGCAACAAUGAAACCGGACCAAAAUCAAGCAAUACAAAAUUGCAUAUUCUACCGUGCGCACUACCCCUCCACUUCUUGGCCGCCAGAAUUGGGCCAGCUGGACCUUGUCGCACUGUUGCAUGACCUUGUCGCCACAGAAGAAACGAAGAUUGAUGUCAAAUCCUACGGAAUAGACGGAAUCCGCCUCCGUUGCGACAUGCAAGAUGUCGCAAUAUUCAUCAUUAAGCUGGCAACUGCGCCCACCAUGGAUCAUGCGGCCUUGCAUUCCAUUUUGAAGCUUCUGUCCUCGUCCAAAGCACUAAAGGCCUUGCCAAGCUCUCAUUUCUUAGUGCAUUCGUGUGGUCGUGCACUGAGUCAGCACCACGGCGCAAAUUCAGGUGGAGGGGCUGCGAUGGAUCUUCUAUGGGAGAAUAUUUUGCUCUCCCAGCCUCGCAUCCUCCAUGAUGGGUUCCAGAGUGCGGCUCUCAUGAUCAACAGCACGCGUUCGGGUAAUGAAGCGACAGCUUCUCACUGGCCAUCUGCGCUCAGCUUCCUUGGCCAGCUCUUGCAGCACUGGGCGGGAGCAACGGCCGAAGAUGCGACUGAGCUGAGCCAAAUGCACCAACAGCUUUCUCAACAUCCCAGACCAACUUUCGCUCAAGGCGGGAUUGAGGAGCAAGGCCGUGAAACACUGCCUUUUCUCGUCUGCACUCUCGCUCUGCUGCCUUCACUACGGGCGUUGAGCAAGUCAACAGCAUUGUCAGCUAGCAUUGAAUCACUGCUAGAGCUGCACGGACCCAUUCUUGGGUUUGGCGCUGACAACAAGACUGUUGUCCAGCUUUUGGUGAACACAGUGCUGGCAACAGCGAGAUCUGAUUUUGCCCAUAGCACACUGUCUCGAAUGUGCCUUUGGGAUAUGUCGUGGUGUCGUCGAAUGUGGAGCACUACAACCAGUAUUGCAGACAUGUUCCGCCCGCUUCUGCUCAAGCGAGCCAUUCACCUCAUGCGAGCAUAUCAGAUUUGGAUGCGAACCUGCAGGCACGAAAGCAGCAUUGGACUACUCUGCUGCUGACAAGUACCCUUUCUCAUUCACGAGCUGACGGCCUAGCUCACCAUCUCGGGACGAUCGCGCUUGAGACUACGAGACUUUUGCGGAAGGGAUGCCGCCAAAGUAGCGCGAUGCAAGAUUGUAUUCAAGCACUCGAUGCCGCCGCUGAGCGUCUUGCUGGCCAAUUGGCAGUUCCAGAAGACCACGUUGAGGAAGGAGAGGAAGCUCAGUCAGCAAUCA